CCUCCUGGGGCAGAAACGACGUGGCAUGAAGCUCGCUGCAGAGGUAGCAGCAGACAAAAAACCGAGCUGAACUCGCCGUCUUCCUCAAAUACGCCGCCUCCGAUCGCCCGGCUUCCGAGAUUCCAGCUCCGAUGUGCACUGUAUUACCAAUCAAGACCUAUUACCAGCUCUCUCCAAGUCGCCAGUUCAAGCAACGUUCGGUCCUUUCUCCGCCUCCGACGACCUCUCUCUCUCCGGCCUGCUGCUCGCGUUCCUCCUUCUCCAGGUUCAGACCUCCGAAACCCUCGUUCCACCGCAAUGGCGUCCUGGCCCGCGCCGAAGACAAGGCCCGGGACUCCUCGUUUCCUUCGUCGACUCAACGGGAGCCCCAAGCUCCCCAGCCUUACUCCGAUAAACAAAUUGAGGAGCUGAUGCCAUCAUCUGGAGGAUGUGAUCCUUUAUGUUCAGUUGAUGAAACAAGUUCAUUGGAUUUUGCGGCCAGUUACCAGCCAAAAACUGACUUCCUGAAGGCUCUUGCUAUUUUGGCUGCCGCAGCAACCGGGGCAGUGGCAAUAAACCAAUCCUGGGUUGCUGCUCAUCAGGACGUAGCUAUGGCGCUGCUAUUUGGAAUAGGAUAUGCAGGCAUAAUUUUUGAAGAAUCUCUGGCUUUCAAUAAAAGUGGAGUGGGACUGUUAAUGGCUGUGAGUUUGUGGGUUAUACGUAUCAUUGGGGCUCCUUCAACUGAUAUAGCUGUUUCAGAAUUAUCGCAUGCAUCUGCCGAAGUUAGUGAAAUAGUAUUUUUCUUGCUUGGUGCGAUGACCAUUGUUGAGAUAGUUGAUGCUCAUCAAGGGUUUAAGUUGGUUACUGACAAUAUAACUACUCGAAAGCCAAGGAUUUUGCUUUGGGUGGUUGGUUUUGUGACUUUUUUCCUCAGUUCAGUCCUUGACAAUUUGACCUCCACUAUCGUUAUGGUUUCCAUGCUGCGUAAACUUGUACCUCCAUCAGAAUACCGCAAGCUUUUAGGGGCUGUUGUUGUGAUUGCAGCAAAUGCUGGUGGUGCAUGGACUCCAAUUGGUGAUGUUACCACUACUAUGUUGUGGAUACAUGGCCAAAUAUCUACCUUGCAGACAAUGAAGGACUUAUUUGUACCUUCAGCAGUUUCUUUGGCUGUACCUCUGGCUCUUUUGUCACUUACUAGAUUGCAUUUGUCAUUCAGUGAAGUUAAUGGGAAGGGAGUGGACUCGCCAAAUAUUUUGGCAUCUGAACCGAUAGCACCUCGAGGACAGCUUGUUUUAUCUGUUGGAAUUGGAGCGCUUGUGUUUGUCCCAGUAUUCAAGGCAAUAACAGGUCUGCCUCCUUACAUGGGAAUCCUGCUUGGACUUGGGGUACUUUGGAUUCUAACAGACGCAAUCCAUUAUGGUGAGUCUGAAAGGCAACAGUUGAAAGUACCCCAGGCUUUAUCGCGAAUUGACACUCAAGGAGUCCUUUUCUUCCUUGGGAUCCUUUUAUCUGUAAGCAGCUUGGAGGCAGCUGGGAUUCUACGGGAACUGGCAAAUUACCUGGAUGCCCACGUUCCCAAUGUUGAGUUGAUUGCAAGCAUAAUAGGGCUAGUUUCAGCAAUUAUAGACAACGUACCACUGGUUGCAGCCACGAUGGGAAUGUACGAUCUUGCUUCCUUCCCCAAAGACUCGGAGUUCUGGCAGUUGGUUGCAUAUUGCGCCGGCACUGGUGGGUCCAUCCUGGUUAUAGGCUCUGCAGCAGGAGUUGCAUUCAUGGGAAUGGAAAAAGUUGAUUUCUUUUGGUACUUCCGUAAGGUGAGUGGUUUUGCAUUUGCUGGUUAUGCUGCGGGCAUUGCAGCCUAUCUAGCAGUUCAUAAUCUUCCCACAUCGCUUCCGACGACAAUAGCCCACGCCCCGUUCCUUUCAGGUUUGAUAAACUAGUAGAGCUCAAGAUUUGCUCUUUUUUUUCUAGUUGCAAAUGCAAGUGAGCCAGAGCAGAGUGAAUGGCAUCAUGUAAUGUGGCGGAUUGAUCAGCUGAACUGAAACGGGUGAUUGGUAGAAUGAUAAAAAAGUUCAGGGACGCAGGAAGCUUCAGCAGCAUACAUAUAUACAAAGAGAUCUAAAGCCUAUUUCUAUCAGAUAUGCCAAAUGCCGUUCAAGUUCUCUGCCAAAUGCCGUUCAAAUUCUCUUGCAUCUAGUUCUGGACGUACUUAGUUCUCCUUGAGAAAUUAUAAAAGACUAGGUGUUUUGUUUCUA